GGCCGGACGAGGGUCAGGAGGGAUUGGGAUCAGAUCGAGGCAGAUCAGCCGGGACGGAGCUACCGGGGAUGGCGAGAGGGAGAAAAUACGGCAUUCUCCCUCCCCCCUCCAUGGUAUUUAAGGAAGGAGCGGGGGCAGAAAGCAGCCCCCGACGCGGGGCUUAACUUGCGCCAGGGCUCAUCCCACGCCUCUCGGCGCCCUUCCGGAGAAAGAGCUGAGGGGAAAGGCGCCCCUGAGCAGGUGCAGAGUGCGCUCGUCUCGCCGCCACGCUUCGCGCAUUGUGGAGGAAGGUUCCCAGGGUCACGAGGGCGGCCUUUCCCGGUCAGAGCCAUUCAUUUAUACUCCACACGUUUCCCUAUAGAAAUGAAGCGCUUCCCAGGCGUCACCUGAUGGGCCCGGCACUGAGGAGUUCAUAGUGCUGGGAAGGUGGGAAAAUGGGUCGUUAUUGUGCGGCAUCCGGAAUUAGAGGCCGGAAGCAUGUGCUAGGAAAUGCCGGGAGGAAAAUGGAUGCUCGUCCAGGUCGGGGUUGGAGCUAGAAGUUGACUUUCAUUUUUGGAAGGGCUGUGAGGUGGCUUUUUUUAGGUGUUAGGAGAGGGAAGGGCGUAAAGGAAGUUAAACAGCAAGAUUUGAGAGGAAAGAAAUGGCACAUCAUGUGAGUCCCGGAGCUGGAUGCAGUGGGUUGUGGGCUCUGGGACAUAAUGCUUUAUGUGGUUAGGGAUGGAAUGUUGUAAUAUGACUGGCUUAACCCUGUAUGCGAAAGAAGAUUGCUGUCAUUCGGGGUGUCUAGCUCACUGGGGAAUAAGCAUAGGAAGAGGGCAGGCGGGGCCUGGGAAAAUAAGUAAAACUGGCUUAAAUAAUGGGCCUGUAACAUACCUAGUGAGAUGUUUCACUGGAGGAAUAGUGGAAAUGAUACGUGUGUGGGCAAAUCGUUUGCAACUGUUCCAAGGCAGAGAGAGAGAGCUGAGAUUGUACAGCCACAUUAGUAAAAGGCAGAAGUACUUUUGCAGGCAGUAACAUGCCACAUCUGUAACUUUAAAAAAUAAAAAAGAUAAUUUGUAGUGUUAAUUAUCUUAUAGUAACUUUUGGACCCUCUGAGUGUGGGGCCUUAUGUCUUUUCCAGGGCUGUCUUUUCGAGAGGCAUGCAGAGGGCUUACACAUGCACUGUGCCCUAACCACCUCAAGCAAGAAUACUUUCUGUUCUGUUAGGGCGAAGUCAUAAACACCUGUUAUUUCCAGUCAGGCUUCCAAUGCCUAUUUUCCUUCUCUUUCUAAAAAUGAAGGGUACUACUGACCUUGCUAGGUGCUCUCCAGCUUUGAGGAUAUCUUUUUUAAAAAAGAUCUGGAAUGACAAGCUUUGUUCCAGUAUGGAGAGUGGUCUCCUGUUGGGCAUAGAGAAGCUGCCUCCACUUGCUGUCUCAUCUCAUUGUAGUUUGGGAAGAGAUACUGCCUUAUUUUAAUUAUGAUUUCCUAGCAUCAUUACCUAGGAAGGUUCAGAGAUGUCCUGUUGUGUUUCUCAUGUAAUACCCCCAUGGAUUAGUUAAAUUUGUGCCCCUGACCCACAGAUCCUUGUAUACUGUGCAAAAUAUAGUUUGAUUGCAUCUUGCAUACUUGUGCAAUUUCAACUGUACAUGGUUGAAAGUCAGCCAGUUGAAAUCCAGCAAAUUACAUGCAAGGGAGAGAGGUUAAAAGUUCCUUUUGCAAUGAGUUUCCCAGGUGGUUUUGGGUAUGUGUUUUUGCUUAUAUAUGCCAUCCCUGGAAUGUAAUCCCCGUGCAAGACACACUUGUACUGUAAAAUCUUGUGUGAACGUUUUUGUACACUCAACUAUAGACCAGAUUGUUGAAACUUGGUGUGGGUAGUUCAGACAGUGAAGUUUAGAAGGCAGAGAGGCCAAACCAAAAGGCUUGAGAAACACUAUUCUAGGUAAAAUGAAUUGUAAAUGAAAGAUGAAGAAACAGGUAAAACAUGUUGCCUGAAAGCUGUUAAUGAAAUAAAAGUUUAUUUGAUAUGCAAACACGUGCACUCAUAACUCCACUCAACAGUCUUGCAAUGACAAAAGGUGGAUUUGGAGAAAGGAACUGAGACAUUUUGCCUGCGCUCUUUAUUGGUACCAUGACCAAAUUGCUUCUACAGUGGUACCUCUACUUACGAAUAACUCUACUUACAAAUGUUUCUACUUAUGAAUUGAGCUCCAUCCGCCAUCUUGGAUGUGGUUUAGAUAGAAUUUUUUCUACUUACGAAUUUUUAGAUAGGGUUGCUUCGACUUAUGAAUUUUUUCUCCCAAUGCAUUCCUAUGGGAUUCGACUUACGAAUUUUUUCGACUUACGAAUGUGCAUUCGGAACACAUUAAAUUUGUAAGUAGAGGUACCACUGUAAUUUUGUCUUGAGUGAAGAACUUAAAGUGGUCAAGAAGGAAGACAGGCUCUGAUGACUGGUGCAAUGGCCUUGCUAACAGUGACUCAGUUCAGAGAUAAUGACAAAUAAUAGACAACUUUUUGCCAGAACCGUGGGCCUGUCCAAACAUGCUCCCAGUUUGGUCAAGCAAUAAUUUGUUGCAAAAUCUGAAAUGUGCAAACUGUUUUGCUUCCAAAUCAGAAUUGGAAGCCCACUUCAGACUAUAGUUUUCAAUUCCAGUAUUUAGGCAAAUGAUGCCUUUUGCAAGCAGUCAUUUGUAGGAUACAUAUAUACCUGAAAACAAUGGUUUAACCAAGGGAGCAAGGAUGGAAAUUGAAGCAUUUGGGAAGGCGUAUGCAAUCUUGAGGCUCAGAUUGAAAUGCCCAAACCAUGAUCUUCCCUUAUGUAAGAAUUGAUUCAUUGUCCCCAGAGAAUGCCCAUCUGCAGGUCUUUAGACAGACUUGUCCAGCCAUUAUCAAGCAAUAUGUCAUUAUGCAUCCAGAAAAGUAGACUUUGUUUUUUUUAACCUUACUGAAGCUAUCGUCAUAUAGAAUUGCAGCAACUUUCUCUCUAUUGACUAAACAGCCCCUCUAAAGGUAAGUCAACCUCCUACAUACCGUAGUUUAUGCUGAUUGAAAUCACCAACAUGUUCAUUUGGAUCCAGAGUCCUUAAUUGAAAGCAAAUGAAAUAAUUAGCUGUGUUGACAGAAAUACUUAUGUUGAGAGACAGUAUGAGAAUGGGAUGUUCUUAGCAAGCAUGCAUCUAUUUGUCACUUUAAAUACACUGGUUAUGGGUCCACAAACAGUCCCCCCCCCCAAAUAACUGCUUACCGUAAGCAAUCUGGAAAUGCAAUGCUAGAAAGGAAUAUGGCCUCUAGUUCCCUAACAUUGAUUCAGUUUAAGUGUUAUCCUUGGUUCCGUUCGAAUGAAACAUGCAUCUCCCUUUCCCCCCUUUUGAUCUAUUGUAAUAUCUGUCAGGUAGUAUCAAAAUAGACAUUAAAAAGCAAAAUGAAAUGGUUAAUCUGUGUAAAGGAAAACGAGUGGCAAAUAAGGCAAGUGAGAACAUGUGUAUACAAAAGGAAUUUCCAUCACAUUGUAGUGUGACCAACUUUCAGAACAUAUAGCAACAAGGGGCAGAUCUGAGUGUGCCUUUAAAUUCUAAAGAACAAAAUUAACUGAUAGAUGGAACAGGUCUGUGUAUGACACACGUGUCUUUUGUCUCAUAAGAAAUCCUUGCUAUAGUAUAUAGGCACUCUCUGCCCAUCAUUGACAUUUUGCUUGCUCUGAAAAGCUGCCAAGAGGUUGCUUGGGAAGGAACUGCUCUUCUACAGCAGAAAAAAAAAUCCACAAUCUCUGAUUUACCAGAACUAUGCUGUUUGCUUCUUGAAAGUAAUGAAUAUUCCUAGGAACUUCUAGGGUAGAAAAUAGCCAGCACAAGAAGGUAGUGGGACAGGCAGUUUUAAGUGCAACAAGGGCCGAGAUGAGGCUUCAGCUCUUAGCAACAGAAGCACAUUCAGGUAAGUAUCUGUUACCCCUAGUAAAUGAUACACAACAGGCUUUGUUGGGUGGGAAUGAAGCUGCAAUGUGGAUACAUAAUACUCAGUGUUUUGUGUUAUGAUGUGCAAUCAAGGUAUCAAAAGUGUGUGUAUUUGUGAGAGAGGGGGGAAAGAGAGAGCGCGCAUAUGGGGUCUUACGGGUUUAAGUACAAAUUUAGUGAUGCAUGUGUGAACUGAGAUAUGGUGUACAUUAGUGGUUCGCCAUUGGUGGUUUGCAGACCCCAGGGUGCCCAUGUAACCCCCCCCCCCAGGGGUCCGUGGCACCAAUCUGAUAACAAAAACUUCCACAGAGAUAUCAAAAUUUUCAAGUAGGGAGGGGGUCUGUGUCUUGGCUUUUGAAAACAGGGGGUCCGCAGUACUCAUCUUAUUGAGAACCACUGGUGUACAUGAUUGUGUGAUUGAGGAAAUUGAGAACAUAGGAAACUGCCUUAUAUUGAGUCAGACUGCUGAUCAAUCUACUGUACUGUAUUUCAGUAUUGUUUUACUGGCUGGCAGUGGUCUUGUAGGAUUUUGGUCAGAGUCUUUCCUAGCCCUGUCUAAAGAUGCCAGAAAUUGAAUCUUGGUCCUUUGCACACAAAAGGCAGCCUGCUUCUGCAAAGUGGUAUGACCGAAGGGACUACGUCUUUAUUGAAUUUUGUGUUGAAGACAGUAAAGAUGUUAAUGUAAAUUUUGAGAAAGCCAAACUUUCGUUCAGUUGUCUUGGAGGAAACGAUAACUUCAAGCAUUUAAAUGAAAUUGAUCUUUAUAAUUCAAUUGAUCCAAAUGAAUCCAAGCAUAAAAGAACAGACAGAUCUGUCUUAUGUUGUUUACGAAAAGGAGAAUCUGGCCAGUCAUGGCCACGGUUAACGAAAGAGAGGGCAAAGCUCAAUUGGCUCAGUGUGGACUUUAACAACUGGAAAGACUGGGAAGAUGAUUCUGAUGAAGAUUUGUCCAAUUUUGAUCGCUUUUCUGAAAUGAUGAACAACAUGGGUGGUGAUGAAGAUGUAGAUUUGCCAGAAGUAGAUGGAGCAGACGAUGAUUCACCAGACAGCGAUGAUGAAAAAAUGCCAGACCUGGAGUAAGGGAACCUGCUAUCUUUUGGGGGUUUAGGGAAAGAAUUUCAUCACAACAUUUCAUAAUUGAGAUAAGAAUUCCUGAGUUGAUAGCUCUAAAGGCAGAAAAAUGUAUCCUUUAACUCAUCUUCAACCUGUUUAAAGCAGCUUCAUUGAUGAUUGGUGCGUACCAUUGUUCAGGGCAGUCUUAAGCUAUGUGAGGCAAUAAUGUUAUGCGUGAAAGGUUUUCCAGACUUCCAAAAACAAAACAAAAAAAGCCACACACAAACAAUUGAGGUAUAGGCAAUCGAUAAAAAACAGUUGCAAUAAAAGGGUUUACAACGCCUCUUUGCCGCAUCAUCAAAUAUAACAAUGGGAAAACUCUCAAUUUACAGGAAGUGGUAAACUUGUACUUUCCCCCUCACAUUGUGGACAGCAGGUAACUUAAAACGUUUCAGAUUUUAUGCCUGGAACACAACUGGCUGAAGCAAUGUUUUAAUUGGCUUUCAAAAUUUAAACUGGUAACAUGCUGUACCUCUUGGGGUGUCUUCAGGGUAUGUUCCACUAACGUUUAAUGCUCUUCACUUUGUUGUAUUUAAUCACUAGUUAGUGUUCAAGAUAUCCUAGCUAAAACUAGCAAUCCCUUUAAAACUUAAAAUGGGUGAAGCCUGUACAUUUGGUUGUUUGAUCCUCAAAGCUCUUACAUCUCAGUAUGGAGGGGUUAGAGCCUGUACGUUGUUGCUUGUCAAUCUGUACAUUUAGACCAAAUUGUAUUUGCACUGUUGGUAUGAAAGCGAGUGACAAAAUGUUAAUACACUAUUGGAUCUUCUUUUGGGUUUUUUUUUUUGACCAGUUUAUGAUAAGCCUAAAAACCUCAAUUUGUGUUCAAAGCAGUGGGGAUUUUUUAAUGUCUACAUUAUUUCUAAUAAACUGUUGAAGACUC